UCAUUGUAUGACAAUGCUAUUGUCAUGAUAAAAUAAUCAGAUAUCAUCUCUGGGGUGUGAAUGAACGACUGAGUUUGAACGCAUUAUGUCAACUUCAAAAUGUCACACUGAAUAAUGAAAUGCAAGUAGGUAGUAUAACUUGUUAACCUAAUAUAAACAAAAGUGUUUACAAUAGGACACCCUUUGGAAUGCCAGUGAUAAAUCCUUUAUCAUUUAUUAACUUAAAUACUAUCACAAUGCGUGGAUGAAAUGCUAUAUCAAUUUGCUACAUUAUUGAGAAGACGAAACUUUUCUUGUUGCUCAGAAUGAUGAUCAAUAUUUCACAGCUUUUGAUUAUAUGGAUUUCUAUUUUGGGUUUAACUGUGAGCUCUUCAAGUCAAACCAGGUUUUCUCAAAAUGCACAGAGUAAAUUUAGGAGAUCGAUUUUUAACUUUCAUCUCCAUAAAGAUGGUCAUAAAAGUACACCAUUUACUCCUGUGCCUUUUUCACAGAAUAAUGUAUCAUUUGGGGCCUCACAGAGACAUACAACGACAUCUUCUUUAAUAUUGAGUCGAUUGUCCUCAUUGUCUGGACCCCGAACAUCUGGAUCAACUUCUACACGCUCAUCUUUCGCAAAUACUUUGAAGGUCAAAGCUUCGAGUUCUUUGUUAGCCAUCUCACAACCUUCAGUAACUAGUCCUAUACCUUCAAAUACCUUCAAUUCACAAACCGAUUAUUUUACAGCUUCGACACCCCCAAAAUCUAAAGUUUCUUCGACUCAUAACAUGAAAAUCCAAAGAACUGAAUCUUUUCCUACUUUAACAUUUGUUCGGAAAAAUUUCACCUCUUCGACAUUGAAAACUAUAGAGUCAUCAAAUGCUUUAUCUCACUCUACCGUUUGGAAAACGUCAAUACCCAACCAAGCAAGUUCAAAGUACAUUGCCAAACCAUCAUCGAUUUUGCAUGAAACGACAAUGCUUUCCACUACAUUAACGUCAAAACCAUCAAAUGAUUUAAAGACAACCACAAGGAUGAAUUUCCAAAAUAUAACAACUCAAAAAACUUCUGGAAAAACACCUACAAAAACCGUUAGCUCUAAAACUACACUUACGGAAACAAUCCUUACAAUGUUAUCGUUCUCUACUACUAAAUCAACAGAUCAAUCCAAAUUAUUAACAACGAUAAAAUCGCUUAUUACGAAAUCAACAAUUCGAACAACAAAAGAACCUUCCAAAAUAGCAACACCAAAAAUUCCGUCUUCUACAAUGACACCAAUUUCAAUAGUGGUAACUUCCAAAACAACAACACCGAAAAGUCCUUUUUUAACAAAAGCAAUUCAAACAACAAUGGAACCACCCAAAACAACAACGACAAAGGCCCCAUUUUUUACAAAAACAACGAGUCCAUUAAAAACAGAAGCUUCCAAAACAACAACGACAAAAAGUCUACCUUUAUCAAAGACAACGAUUCAUAUAAAAACAGAACCUUCCAAAACAACAACGACAAAAAGUCCAAUUUUAACAGAAGCAACAAUGCAAACGACAACAGGACCUUCUAAAGUAAUAACGCCUAAAAUUCCACCUUCAACAAAGACGACAAUUCAAACAACAGUAGAAUCAAAGACUUUGAUCCCUACAAGUUCAUCUUCAAUAAAAGCAACACCAUCAACAACAUACAAGUCUCAUUUGUCAACAACAAUAUCCUCAAAAUCUUCUAUUCAUAUUUCUGCACCUUCAACCUCGAAUGAAAUGCCAAUAUCAGGAUCAGGUAUCACUACCAAAGCAUCAACACUGAGAUCUUCAUUUAAGACAAGCACUCAUACGACAGUACAUAAAACCACUUUACCAAUACAAACAAUACAAUCAUCAACUGUGCAUGCUACACCAAAAAGUACUUCAUCUACAUCUGCCAUUGGAUCAACCACGGCUCAGCUUAUUGAGAGUACAACAGUUUCACCAAGUCAUAGAACUUCUACAACUCUAAAACCUAGUACAGGAUCGUAUUCCGGGACGUCACCUAGAUUCACAGGUACCACACCUGUCGCUUCAUCUUCUGGAAUUUCUAAAACGCAGAAAAGUCCAACGACAGUUUAUGGACAUUCAAAUUCAAUCCAUCAUACAAAUGAUAUUUACACCACCGAGAUGGCCGUGUCGUCCACCCCCGAUAACUCCCUGUCCAAUAAAAUCCCUCAAAGAACUGGAUUGAGCAAACGUUCAAUCGGCGCCAUUGCCGCGGCCUGCACAAUCGUUGGGUGUGUCGGCAUCAUUUUGGGCUUAUAUGUAUUCGUUAGUAAACGGUUUAAAAGUGGAGAGAAAUCGUGGGCAGUGGUUGACGAUCAUACCCGCAUUGAGACCAUUGACAUGAGUGAGAAGAUGGAUAGUGUUCUGCACGACUUCGAUCAGGGUGAAAGGAAGUCAAAUGGAGAAUCCUUUCGACCCGUUAAUGACAUCUAGAAAACAGUCAUACCAAUUCAUUCGAUUUCAUCCAUCGCUAUUUUAAAAGCAUUCAUGCCUUUCUACUUUUUUUUUUAUUUUAUUAGUAU